CCUUGCACUCUCCAAGAGAAGCAGCUUAGUGUAACUACUAUUAGAACAGUGUCCUCUCCUCUCUCAUCAGCAGCCACUAGCUAGCAAUGGCUACAACUCCUCCAAGCAUGUCACUGAGCGCCGUCGUGCCGGCAUUGCUGCUGCUCCUGGCGGUGGCCGCCACCUCCGGCGAUGCGCAGCCUUCCCCCGGGUACUACCCCAGCGCGAGGUUCCGGCCGGUGGCGUUCAACCGCGGCUACGUCAACAAGUGGGGCCCGCAGCACCAGACGGUCUCUGGCGACCAGUCGUCGCUCACCAUCUGGCUCGACAAGACCUGCGGGAGUGGUUUCAAGUCGAAGCACGCGUACAGGAACGGCUACUUCUCCGCUCGCAUGAAGCUCCCCGCCGGCUACACCGCCGGAACCAACACCGCCUUCUACCUGUCGAACAACGAGGCGUACCCUGGGUUCCACGACGAGAUCGACAUGGAGUUCCUGGGCACCAUCCCGGGGGAGCCCUACACGCUGCAGACCAACGUGUACGUCCGGGGCAGCGGCGACGGCCGCAUCAUCGGCCGCGAGAUGCGCUUCCACCUCUGGUUCGACCCCACCGCCGACUUCCACAACUACGCCAUCCUCUGGAACCCCGACGCCAUCACCUUCUUCGUCGACGACGUGCCGAUUCGGCGGUACGAGCGCAAGGCGGAGCUCACGUUCCCUGACCGGCCCAUGUGGGUGUACGGCUCCAUCUGGGACGCCUCCGACUGGGCCACCGACGACGGCCGCCACCGCGCCGACUACCGCUACCAGCCGUUCGUGGCGCACCUUAACCGGUUCGUCAUCGCCGGGUGCGCGACCACCGCGCCAGCGUCGUGCCGCCCCUUGCCAGCGUCCCCCGCGGGGGCCGGGCUCACGCAGCAGCAGAACGCGGCCAUGCGGUGGGCGCAGCGCGGGCACAUGGUGUACUACUACUGCAACGACUUCCGGCGGGACCACUCGCUCACGCCCGAGUGCUGAUCGAUCCAGCCGGCCCCUCACCGGCGCGCGUGACCGAGCGAGAGUGAGAUCUUGGCCGGUUGCGCCGCUCGGAUUGUCUGCGCCCGUGCCAGUUGGUUGCUGUUUGUUUCUUUGGUUUGUUUGGUUUGGUCUUCCCGUGAAAUUAAAGGUGGCUGCCCUACCGCUGCUGGUGCCUGCGAUCGAGCUAGGCCGGUGGUUGAGGCGUUGGUCGUUGGUAUAUUGCCAAAAAUGGGUGUCGUUUCUGCUUGUCUAUUUCCCGUUCAUCUCACAUGCGUGCCCCAAAGGGGCAAAUUAAAGUACUAGCAUGAUUCAUGGCAUCAUGCAUGCCCGGUGUAAUACGUACGGAUACCUCAUAGUAUUAUAUAUUAAUGUAUGUUUCGUGUCGGUGAUGAUAUAUAUAAUGCUAGAGUUCUUCAA